AUGCGAGCCGAGAUGAUCGAUGCCCUGGAUGUGUGCUUGCAGGAGGUGCCGGAGGACCCGCACACGUGGGGAGGCAGCAGCGCUAGUGUACCUGACGAUGAGCGUGUGCGAAACGGUAAAACUGGCGCAGAUGCGCCGCAGCUGCUGCUGCAGGAGCGUUCCAGCGGCACGCUGGACACCGCAGCAGACAGCAAUGGCGACGGAUUGCUUGAGGGCAUGGAGACAGAGUCGGAGCUCGCCGUAUCGCGACAGGAGUCAUCUACUUCCGCCAUUCCGCAGGGCAUAACUGAGCCGUCGGCCGUGGUGGCGCAAGAACCUCCGUCCCUGGUCGACCUUGGCCACUAUGAGUGGCGGCGGCUUCUCAUGGAAAUCAUCAACGUACUGGUGCGCAUUGACCGAGCUCUCCUCUACAAUGUGCGGCUCCGCGCACUCGAACGUCUCGCUCCUGCCACCACAGGCGUCAACGCGAACGCUGCGCCGGAGUUCCGAUGGGAACACCUCUCGCAAGCCUUCCUGACACCUGCUGCGUCAGGGACCCCACUCACCGCCGCAGAUGCGACGGUGAGUGGUUCGCGUCGAGGUCAGCGUUCAUACACACCCACCCGCGGUCCUCAGCGACACCCACCGCAUGGAGACGCGGCGCCACUGAACUCGCCCCUUCCUAAUCGGAAUGCGGACCCUGCAGCGGUCGCAGGAAUGGCAACUCCGCACGAGAGGGCCGUAACACCAGUGACCAUCACCGCUGCCAGGGCGGACUCCACCUCAUCACCAUCUGUCAAGGUUAAGCGAGGUCUGGCUGAUAGCGGCAUCGUGUCGCCUGACCCAUCAGCGGACCUCGCCAUUACGGAGGUGGACAAGAAGAUGCUGGAAGAGGCUCUCACCAUUGCGUGCUCUCUUGCCACCUGGGCGAUUGUCAAGGCGAUCUUACGCCAUCACCUGCACGUACUGGAGCAGCGGCAGUGCCGCAAGAACCUUACACUGUUGACCAAGGCAACCACCACCACCACAGCUAGCGCGCGUCUCAGUGCGGACAUGUCUAUGUCGCCGACAAGUAUGGAAACGGCGGGGGCUGGCAACACUAAUACCACCGGGCGACCGCCGCUUGCCCCUCCUGCCCCGCCUCCACCAGCAGCGAUGAAUGACGCUGCCUGCUCGAACGACGCGGCGGAAGCUGGUGCCGGAGCUGGAGCAACAGCAGCGACGGACGGCGACCAAAGCAAGAACGCGAAUCACAUGAAUGCACUGGAUGACGUGGACGCGAUUCCAUACAUUGACUGGGCGGCUGUCGUGCAGGAACUGGCGGAGUGGAUGGGCGAGCAGCACUUUGUCGCGAUUGCAGAGUGCACCCUCUGCGCGAGCUUCUUGCGCGAUGAUGGUCGCGAGAUGGUGCUGUGCAUGUUGCAGACCCCAAAGCCACGGUGGCUGCUCACCAACAUUCACCGGCACGCCGAGAAGCUUCGCCGGGCUGACGUGGGCUCGCUUCUUAGUGGCUCGUCACCUCCGCGCGUAGUGACCACAGCAACGGCGCCGGCAGGCAGUCCCACCACCACAGUCACAGGCGUCUUUGGAUCGGCCCCUGCAUCUACAUCAAGCACACCAGCAAGUAGCGGGACUCCGUCGGCCAGUAGCGGCAGUGGUGCGGCGGCUGCAACACCACCCGCGGGGGCCACAAUGACGCCCAACAGAACUCGGACGACGCUGGAGGAUUCCGCCCUGGUGAUGGACGACCUCGUCGCGCGGCUGGAAAUGACAUACCGCAAAGCUGUCGCGAACACAUGGGCGUCCUACCUGGAGGACGCCAUUGAGGCGGAUGUGCGCCACCUUUCCAUCGACGCUGCGGGCGACUCCGACACGUCCCGGGCCUCUACCCCAAUGACCCACCUAACGACAGCAGCCGAGGAGCCGCCGAAGCACAGCACUGGCAACUUAACGUCACCGUCAGCGCUCUCACCGCUUCAGCAGGAGCACAUCACAGACACCAAGACCCUCUGUCGCCUCGCCACCGCCUUCUUCUUCGGCUCUGACGCGUGGUCAGAAAGUAAGCGGGAGCGCUGCUUUACACUCCUCUUUCGCAGCAUGCGUGGAAGAAUGGAGCGAUACAGCGAGUCCGCCGCGACGCGGCGACACCUGCGUCGCGGCACGACCUGUGUCACCUCCGCGCCUCACAUGGUCACACCUGCUGUCGUAGCAGGCUCUCUCGAGCCUCACCCCCUCGUAGAGCUCACAACGGCUGGAGCCGCCGUGGUAACAACUACCCCAAGCAGCAGAGGUACCUCACAAUCGCAGAGCUUCACAAUCCCACCUCAGAUUAGCACCACCGUCACCCCCGUUCCCAGUGCUGUGUCGGGCCUGACACCGUCAAAGUUUAGCGUGGAGGACACAUCCGCAAGGGUGUCGCCGUCUGCAGGGUGCCCGUCCGCCGCGAGCAAUGCUGCUAGUGUCGGCACCCCUGUCACGACUCGUCACGGCGUGGCAUCGUCUACCCAGGUGGUUGGUAGCCAGCUCCUUUCAUCCAACGCAAGCACUUCUGCCAUCUCGCACCACAGCACCCCGCUCGCCAACUCGCUCAUUGUCAGCCGCGACGGGAUCUCCGAUAUGGAGGUGAUGGUACCGGGAGGAGGAGGGCCCAUCAGCGAAUCUGGUCUCUUUACCGCGGGGCACACGGAUCGGCCAACGACAUGGACGCCAUUUGCCUUUGCGAUGACCCCGUCGGAGCCCAUAACCCCGCUGCCGGAGCCGCACCACCCGAGCUCCAGUACCACAAUCCAAAGAGACGAAGAAGAGGGACACCAAGAGGCGGGCGAGGACAACGCCGGCAGACGCACCAUGGAAACGAGUGCCUUGUCCAUGCCGACGGUCAACCUGCAGGUGCCUCCGACCGCUGUGCAACCCGCAGCCUUUAAGGGCUGGGACAGCGCACUGGGGUCCUUGGUCCUGGAGCGGAUUGUAAACAUGUCUUGGUCGGCGGCGCUGCACAAGCGGGGUGAACAAUGCUUGACUGCAAAGCCGCCGCGCCUAGAGGAGGCAGAGCAGGAUGCGCUGGAGGAGCGUCUCGUCGCAAGCGCCUUUGGCGAGUUCCGCGCGCGCCAGCGCGCCAUCGUAUCCCUCAUUAACGCGCGUUUGGCAUCGGGCAAGUCGGUGGAGGCACUGACGAACGCGCAGAAGCACUUCAAGUUCGAGAAGAAAGACUGGACAAGCCACAACCAAACAAUUUUCUCCGCGAUGCGAUACCUGCAAUCAAUGGUGUUUCUCGUGCGUGCCCAAGCGGCGUGCCGGGUCUACGGCGCCGUCAUCGAAACAGUGCAGUUUGUACUGCCGCAAGCCGCCUUGUGCGAGCAGAUGGUGCAGGUGCUGGCGCCUCGACCGCGGGGUGACUACAUCCUCCGUUUCGGGGAUUGUCGGUCAAAGCUGAUUCGAUCCUACGUGUAUCUGCUGAAAGAGGGUUGGUUGGCACACGCCGCCUUCAACGACUUGGCGAAGGCAGAGAAAUACUUCAUCAAAUGUGCGCAGGUCGUGCAGCUGCUGCGUCGCCGCGUACGCGAGACAGAGCUAUUCGCUGCCUACAUGGAACGCGGUGCGCAGCUUAUGAAGCUGAAGGAGUACAAGCGGUCGGUGGAGCUCUUCCGGUACGCUGUGAGCAUUGCCAAGAAGUCUUUGCAGGCAGCCGAUGCAGCAGCAGCAGCAGCGAACGCAAGUGGAGACAGCGGUACCUUCAGCCCAAACGCUUCUACCGGCUCCACCGCGCCGUCACUUGGCUCAGCUAUGACCAAUAUGGAGAACGCAGUGUCUGUUGCGGCUGCCGGGCUUGCCGCGAAAGCGCCACCGGCGGCGUCGCAACAGCAGUUUCACCGCAACCUGCACCUGCGCGCCGCCGGCUCCGGCAGCCUCACCACAGCCGAGGAGCACAUCCCCGGUGUGACGGACGCCAUUAAAGACGACCUGGAGCUUGUCUGGCGCGUGGCGGAGAGCGAGCGCAUGCUGGCAUUGUCUUAUGUCACUCAAGCCGAGCAUGAGGUAAAUGUGCGAGAGCGCCGCGAGGAACUCAGCAACGCCGUAAGCAGCGCAUAUAGCUCGCAGCGAUCGCUACAGCGGUGGCAAAGGAAAGGUGGAACGCCAAAGCGGUUGCUGACCGCCGUGCCGUGCAGUCUCAUCGUCAUUUGCAAAGGGCUACUCCUGCUGAACCAGCCGCGCAAGGCCGCCCUGCUGCUGGAGCCGCUUAUCGAGAACAAACCGAACACUGCAUUGGUACGACCGCCCAUGUGGGGGGAAAUUCUGCACCCGACAGAGGACCCGUACACGACAGAGGACGUGGUUCUGCGAACGUACGUGAGCUCUGUGAAGAUCGCUGUCUUCAUGCUGUACGCACGGUGCCUGGCCGAGUUCGACGGGGACAGGGCCCUCCGUGCCGUCACGCAGGUGGAUCAGCUGCUCCAGGAAAGUGAUACAUGGAUCUGCACCAUCCGCACCGAGCUUCGCCGCGCACUGGAGGACGUCAGCUCCAAGGACAAAACAGUGGCUGACUCGCUGAACUCGCCAGGUACGGCGCAGAGCAUCGAGGCGCUGCGGCGUACCAGUGCUGCCUCACCGCAUGGCACUGCGGGGAACGGGCAGAACAGUGAGGAUGGGCACAGCAACGGGCGACAGGACUACGGCGCUGGCGCAGAGACCUCCGCCGGCACCUCUGUCUUCACAACAGUGGGCAAGUCCAAGGCUUGCACGACUGACGUGCCGACCCUGCAAAUACCAAUCAGUCAUUCCUCUACUGCGUCGCCCUCACCGCUCGAUGACAGUCGUCAUAGACCAGAGUGGAACUCGCCGGACGAUGCCCCGCUGCGGCCGCGGCGGGUGACGGCGGCCGGUGGUGCCGUGAUGGAAGACGAUUGCCGAAGCUGUCGGAACACCUCAACCCAGCUCAGUGUCAUUGGUGGCAACCGCAGCGAGACAGAUUUAUUCUCUUUAGUAAACAAUACGAAUGCCGUGAUUUCCAGCUCCACAGCGGUCCCGACGGCACGAAGCAGCAGCAGUCCCAGCGCCACAGUCCCACAUUUACUGCAGCUUCCACCAAUUCGAGUACACACAGAGAGCUCGAGUGAGUGCAUGACAGCGCUGUUUGCCCUCCGCGAGGCCAAGUCGCACAUCCGAAAAGCGCUUCGUGGCAUCUUCAUCAUCAGCGGUGACGCGUAUUCCCUCAUCAAGAACUGGGAAGAGGCCCUGAAGGUCUACUCGCAUGCCCUUGUCAUCACUAUGAGCGAGGUCGAGGCCGCCAGCGCGGCGGCGCGGUCUCGCCGCCGUGUUCAUCAGAUCACCUCACGAUCUUGCUUCUCAUCACAACAGUCGUCGACAAGUCCGAUGGGCGCGGACGAUGGCGGGUCGCUGUCCGCCCCCCAUGACGCUUACAAAGCGAUUUGCAAUACCGCCGGCGGUGACCCCAGCGCUUCCCUGCAAGGCUGGGGCCCCGUUGUCCCCUUGGACGAAGAGUUCUUUUUGUGGGACGAGGAGGACGUGCUCAUUGCCGACAACCUCGUCAACCGAGAACUGACGGCGUCGACGGCAGCGAAGGACCUGCGGGCGGUGGUAGCUGACGAAGAGCGCAUGGACUCGCGCGCGUGCGAGAGCGUCGUGCUUAGUAAACUGGCGAACGUGUACCGUGCCCUCGAAAAGCCGACCACUGCAAUCCACUAUCACACCCUUGUCAUGGAGUACGCUAACGAGUGUCACGACAAGCUGCUGGCCUACAACUCGAUGCUGAGCCUUGCUCGGCUGUACACCGCAGCGAACAUGAGUGAAAAGGCGCGCGACGCGUGGGCGAAGGUGAGUGAACUGGCGAAGGAGUACGAGGACAAGGAGGUGAGUCGGGAGACGAUGCGCAACAUUGUGGCGGGGCAGGAAGCCGCUGGCAUGUACAUGGACGUCGUAAAGACAGCGGAGGAGCUGGAGAAACUUGCGACCGGCGAGGAGGGCGAAGACGCCGCCAGAGACAGUCGCUUUGCUCUCGAGGCGCUGGCAAACGCAAACCUGCACCUGGGCCACUUCGAUGCCUGCAUCGCCGCCCUCGACAGUCGUGAAAAGGUGCAGGAGAAGUCAGCAGAGUGGAGCGGUGCGCUGCUGAGCAUGCGCGCCAAGGCACGAAUGGGACUGAACAAGUCGGCGGAAGCAAUCAAAGUGAUGCAGAGCUGGGCCGCCAAGGCGCGCAACCUCGGCAACUGGGUGGAGCUGGGCAAAGCGAACUCGGCGCUAUCGGCAGCGUAUGCCUCGGAGAAUCACAAUAUGCAGGCGCGCUGCCACCACGAAGCCACACUUAACGCCUUUGCCCUGGCCGAGACGCUCGACGAGGAGUGCCGUCACAUUGCACUGGAGAGCGCGCGGUGGUUGGUGCACUACACGUACCUCGAUGAUACCACGAUGCAGGUCGACCCUGCGCUAACGUAUACCGACCGCGGUGGUCUUUCAGGCGGCUCGGAAGAAAGCAGCGUUGAUUUCCACUACGUAGACAGUGGCUUGUGCAACAGCAGCGGAGACCUUGGGGAAAUGCUCGCCAAGGAAGAACUGCGCCGCACAUCGUUGAUGAAUAGAAAGGACUACAGGCUCGGAUUUAACAAUGACGACGACGAUUUUGGGGACGGGGAUCUCUUAUCGAAUCAGAGCAUGUUCGGCGGGCCGCCCCCCGGGCUGUCGCGUGCCGAUGCCCUCGUGUCAAAGGGCCGCGGCAUGGAGGAGGAGGAACAGCGUGAUGACUGCGCGAUGACAAGGGCCGAAGAGGACAGCAGCGAGGGUGCAGCAGCAGUCAACGAUAACGACGCACCGCUCACGACGUCCUCCUUCAUCUCUGCAAUGCUGAUGCCGAAGGAUUCGGGCGUGGUGACGCAGCCGCCCUCGCUAACCUCCAGCAUUAGCGUUUCAAUGCGAAGGUCCCCGACCCACCUAGAUAGUGUCCUGGGCGGCGGCAACGAUCACAGCGAAGGCAGCAGCAGCGCAGGGCAAUCGGACGGCGGAGACAACGAGGCCGGCGAGGACGUGGAAGACGAUGCGCUCCGCCCCAUGGAUGUGGAAGACGUUGCGGAACACCGCCAAGACCCUAAGCUGCCCGUGAGCAUCGAGAGCGAGGAGCCUUUUGACUUGGCGAAUCUAAAGAAGCCUGGACCGAAGCCGACCCCAGUGGCACAGACACCAAUUGUCACUACUGCAGCAGUAAAACCUACCGUGAACACUGCAGCAGUGGCAGGCAGCGAUGCACCGCUCGGCAAGUCCGCCUCCAGUACCUACGUGCCGCCCCCAACGAGUCUCGCCAAUGUCUCCAUCUGCAGCCGCCCAGCAGCAGCCGCAGCAGGUACCGAUGUCUUGGAGCUCCCAGUCGACGUGUGCCGCUCCGCCUCCGAGCAAGCGACACUCUCGGGCCCCAGCACUACCAGCUCCCCUCUGAUGAGUAACUCCCCGCGCGGAGCCUCCUUCCAAGCCGGGCCAGCCGCUACCGCCAGCGGCGGGGACGAUGAUGGCGCUCAAGAGCGCAAGCCCUCGACGGUGCGCACAACGUACCUUCGAGGCGCGAUUGAGAUGAUCGAGACGGCAGCACAGCUACUUCUCAUGCCUCGAACUGUGCGCCACAUAGUCAUUCCUUACAGCCCCGCCGAGGCCGUCGACUUCGCCCUGAUCGCCCAUCCGCAGUCCCUAUUCGUCUUCUACUUUGCCGAGUACACGACCGAGUACGGGGCGCAGUGUGACGUCGUGCUUCGCCCUCCUCACGCCGCUAGCUUCAUGAAGUUGCGGGCGCAGAUAUCCCUCCAGGAGUACCAUAGCAAAGACGCGAUGAGCGCACUACUGGCCCCAGCCUCAGCUGAGUUUUCGAUGACAGGGGAGCACAACAGCGCCACAGAGACGGCUGGCUCCGCCUCGUCAUCCGCGCACCCCUUUGGCACGGCUAUGGCACGCGCCGCAACAGGGAGUGCAGCUUUGAGCUCAGCACUCAGCAACGUAACGCCGGAUGCGCUGCGCGCUGCCUUGGAGGAGGAGACAUCGACGUGCCUCCGCAACCUCUACGCGAAUGCCUGGCAACCCAUUGCAGAUCGCAUGCGCCGCGAGCACGUGAGCUACCAAGACGCCGAGACGCUCAUUAUAAUGCCGGAUGUGUCUCUUAUGCACCUGCCUUUCGCUGGCUUCUUGCCAUCACCCAACUACGGCGACGAGGAAGCACCGCUAGGUGAACAAUUCACGCUGAUUGUGACCCCAUCGCUGACCCACUUUGUGCACUAUGGCAUGACACAGCAACCGCAGCGCUCGCACGACACGAGCGGGGCUCUGGACCCGGCUGCCAAGAAGUACAUCUUCUUGCCCUACGACAGUAGUGCCGGCCCGGGUGCAGUAACACCGUCUGCGCCGCUCACGAUGCCCACCUUUACGCCGUACUCGCCGUCGUUAUCAAAUACAAGGCCGCAGCAGCAGCAGCCGAAGACCGGCACUGACGCGGGCGCAAACUCUACCACUAGUGCACUGACAGUCACGGCGGGGGUCGUCGCUGGCAAAGCGACUGCGCAAAACCCCGCCGCACCCUCUGUCUCAUGUGCGCACUCCCUCACGGACCCCUUGCUCACUGGACACCCCCUUGCUGCCUCUGCAACUGCGGCAGACAUCAGUAUGCGCAGCAAUCCUGUGCCAGGUGAUCCCACGCCAGCGACGUCGAGUAGCGCGCCGCAGCAGAUCGAAAGGGAUGACACCUUUGACGAUCUCCUGCGCACGUGGCGGGUGCACUGCGGGUGUACGCGCAAGGAACUCAUCCAGGCCUUCACAGAUGUGCACACGCGGGCACUGAUGUUCCUUGCUCCGCUCGACCAGGGGUUGAUUCGAGUUGCAGAUGGCGUCGUGACGAUCCAGGAUCUGACGCAGAAUCUACAGCAGGUACGUGCUCAACAACCGGCCACCCACGUCGCCAGCCUAGCCAGCAAUGUCAGCGUCUCCCCCACUGGCCCUACUGUGACAACGGUACCGCCCACCCCGUUGGCGUCGCCGGCACUCCCCCUACCCCCGCUCUGCUCUCACAUUGACCUCCUUGUUCUUACCGCCAACCGCAGCCAGUACCCUACCGUCAGCGAUGCUGGUGCUUCAGCAAAGAUGUGCAUGGCGCUUGGUGUGCACCGGGUGCUUCAACUCAACAUUCUCAAUGGAUUAACCCCAAAUGAUGAGCACCAUGCAUUCAUCGCACUUUACCUGACCAACCUCAAGAAAGUGAUGCGGUGGUCGCUGCGGAAUCCGUACGCGGUGGCACUCCGCACGACUAUGGCGGAAGCGCGGAAGUUGGGCAUGUCGUCCAACACAUGGGGUGCGUUCACCCUGGUGGGUAUGCCAUGA